GUGACAAAACGGAACCGCUGAGCGAUAUGAGCCCUGUAGCAACACUUCAGCACAGUACAGAGAUUUAUUUAUUUAUUUAUUUAUUUAUUUAUCUUUAUUAAAAAAUGAAAAUGUUUUUUUAAUGAAUUUCGAAAGGCGCUCGGAAUACAAAACGGAAUAAAUAAACCUUUAGUCUUCAGGCUAAACGAAUGCACUAAAUACACACCGAUGACCAGAGAAAUGGGCAGACGUGAAGACCUGAGCGACCGUCUUUAAAGAACUUACAGUGGUCCAAGGACAAAUAAAACAUGAAGCACUGACAGGAUCAAGGCGGUGAUGAAUCCUUUUCUGUCUCCUCCAUCACAUAAAAGAGUUCCAGGUGUUGCUUUAGCCUUCCCCCAUAUUCCUCUGAUCGAGCACUAGUGGAACAUAAAAAUCUGUGGUGGCUCCUGGUAGGAUGUAAAGGAUCUGCUGCUAACAUCUUGCCUUGGCCAAACGGUCCAUGAGAGAACAGACUGUAGAGAGAUGUUUCUUCUGCCAGAUCAAGAUUUUUAAUGUCUGUUAAGGAAUGUCAGUCUAAAUCCAUUUCUCCUGCUUUCCUUGAAAGAGCACAUUCAAGCCCCUGUGUGGUUGUGUCUGGAACGCUAGCUCUUCUCUCAUGGCGUCUUCAGAAGACGAGUUCCCGACCCUGAAGCCGCGCCGCAUUCAGAACCAGAACGUGGUGCACAGGUUGGAGCUUCGGCGCAUCAGCUCUGGCCGCUCCGGUGCUCACUGGUACCGUGUACGCUGUUUCCACCAAAACCUCUUCCCUAACUUCACCGCCGUGAACGUGGAGAAGCCGCCUUGUUUCCUGCGCAAGUUCUCUCCAGACGGCCGCUGCUUCGUGGCGUUCUCCUCCGAUCAGACCUCUCUUGAGAUCUACGAGUUCCGGGGCUGCCAGGCGGCUGAGGAUCUUUUGCAGGAUCACGACGAGGGCCGAGACGGUGAGGUUCUGAGCGAGACUGUGCGAGCCCGUUUGUUCUCACGCUUUUUCUCGCUGCUUCACGUAACCAGUGUGGCGUCGAACGGUGAGCAUCUGAACCGUGAGUGCAGCUUAUUCACGGACGACGGACGUUAUGUGAUCGUGGGCUCGGCAGCAUACCUGCCCGACGAGCCACAGCCGCACUUUUUCGAGGUUUAUCGCAACAAUGAGGCGGUGACUCCAAACCCACGCUCACCGCUUGAGGACUACUCUCUCCACAUUGUCGAUCUGCACACUGGACGCCUCUGUGACACGCGUGCCUUUAAAUGUGAUAAAAUCAUUCUGUCGCAUAAUCAGGGACUUUAUCUGUACAGGAACAUCCUCGCUGUUCUCUCCGUCCAGCAGCAGACCAUCCACGUCUUUCAGGUGACGGCGGAGGGGACGUUCCUGGACGUGCGUACGAUCGGGCGGUUCUGUUACGAGGAUGACUUGUUGACGUUGUCGGCCGUGUACUCGGAGGCGCAGGUGGAGGGACCGGCUGGGUUCUCACGUCUCUAUAAGGAAAAGAGCAUCAGCUCUCUGAAACACCGGCUGCUGGUGUUCCUGUGGAGACGAGCCGAGCGUGACGGCAGCGCCACCGCUAAACGCCGCUUCUUCCAAUACUUCGACCAGCUGCGACAGCUGCGCAUGUGGAAAAUGCAGCUUCUGGACGAGAAUCACCUGCUGAUCAAAUACACCAGUGAGGACGUGGUGACGCUGCGAGUUACUGACCCCUCACAGCCGUCGUUCUUCGUGGUGUAUAACAUGGUGAGCACAGAGGUGAUAGCGGUGUUUGAGAACACAUCUGAUCAGCUGCUGGAGCUGUUUGAGAAUUUCUGUGAUUUGUUCCGCAACGCUACGCUGCACAGUGAGGCUGUACAAUUCCCCUGCUCCGCCUCCAGCAACAACUACGCCAGACAGGUCCAGCGCAGGUUUAAGGACACUAUAGUAAAUGCGAAGUACGGUGGUCACACGGAGGCGGUGCGGCGUUUACUCGGUCAGCUGCCCAUCAGCGCUCAGUCGUACAGCAGCAGCCCGUACCUCGACCUCUCACUCUUCAGCUACGAUGACAAGUGGGUCUCAGUGAUGGAGCGCCCCAAAACCUGUGGAGAUCACCCCAUACGGUUCUAUGCACGAGACUCUGGUUUGCUGAAGUUUAAGAUCCAGGCUGGUCUUCUGGGUCGGCCGAUAAAUCACACCGUGCGCCGCCUCGUCGCCUUCACCUUCCACCCGUUCGAACCGUUUGCCAUCUCAGUGCAGCGCACCAACGCCGAGUAUGUGGUCAACUUCCACAUGCGCCACAGCUGCUCCUGAACAAAAACACACAUCUCGAGUGAAUGCAUGAGAGAGUGAGUGUGUGAGGGAGAGAAAGUGUGUGAGGGAGAGAGAGAGUGUGAGAGUGUGUGACAGAGAGAGUGUGUGUGAGUGUGAGAGAGAGUGUGGGUGUGUGUGUGAGAGUGAGUGUGUGUGUGUGUGAGAGUGAGUCUGUGUGAGUGUGUGUGUGUGUGAGAGUGUGUGUGUGAGAGAGAGAGUGUGUGUGUGUGAGAGAGAGAGUGUGUGUGUGAGAGUGUGUGUGUGAGAGAGAGAGAGUGUGUGUGAGAGAGAGAGAGAGUGUGUGUGAGAGAGAGAGAGUGUGUGUGAGAGAGAGUGUGUGUGAGAGAGAGAGUGUGUGUGUGAGAGAGAGAGUGUGUGUGAGAGAGAGAGUGUGUGUGUGUGAGAGAGAGAGUGUGUGUGUGUGAGAGAGAGAGUGUGUGUGUGUGAGAGAGAGAGUGUGUGUGUGUGAGAGAGAGAGUGUGUGUGUGUGUGAGAGAGAGAGUGUGUGUGUGUGAGAGAGAGAGUGUGUGUGUGUGAGAGAGAGAGUGUGUGUGUGUGAGAGAGAGAGAGUGUGUGUGUGUGAGAGAGAGAGUGUGUGUGUGUGAGAGAGAGAGUGUGUGUGUGUGAGAGAGAGAGUGUGUGUGUGUGAGAGAGAGAGUGUGUGUGUGUGAGAGAGAGAGUGUGUGUGUGUG